UCCUCAGCAGAUGACAAAUCUUGGAUGGCAGUGGUGGGCGACUUCAAUCUGGAGUGGGACGACGGAGAACAGCACGUGAUUCCAGUCGCAGAAAUAGACAUUCAUCCAAAGUUUGAACAACGUGAAGCCUUUGACUUUGACGUCGCACUCCUGCGGCUGUCUCAGCCCGUAAAUUACUCCUACGCCGUCCAACCG